UUCAAAGGAGUCGGUGCUUCAACCAGAGACUCUUCAGUCGUCGUCCGCGGGAGCGAAAACAGGAGCAAAUCACGGUGGGGGAAAAAAAACAUGGCGAGGUUUUUUUAGCCGGUGAGAAAAAAAAAGUCGCAUGGAUUUAUCCAACUUUUCCGCCAUUGUUGGGAUGAAGAAGGACGGCUGAAAACAAGUGAGUUAAUCCGGUCCCGGAGGAGUUUUCUGUCAGGACUUUAAAGGAGAAACUACGGUCACAUCACGGGCGACCAUCUCACCGCUCCCAGAGGUUGGACCUUUCAAAGCUUCCCUCCCUCUCGCGUUCCUCCCUGCCUGAUCCUGUUUGCCUCAUUGGCUGCUGUUCCCCAGAGGGCGGGGCUAAGUAUGGGGUAAGAGAGCUGAGAGACGACACCAAGACGACACAAGCUGAGGAGGCCCUCUAACCUGCACAGGUGGUGACGGGUGCAGGACGCUGUCAUGGCGCUGCCGCGGAGGAAGCUAAAGCUUGUGGUGACAUUGAUGAUGGUCAACCUCUUCAUCUUCAUCAUCAUCUCCCGACACAGCAGCCAAGACAAAAGCAGCAGUCAAAAAGUCCGCAUCCCCUCCAAACCCUUCUGGACCAAACUGGUUCCCAGCCCUGCUUACUGGAACCGCCAGCAGCAGAUUCUGGACCUUCACAACAAUCCCGUCCUGAUGGUGAACUACAGCGCCACAGACAUUCCUGAUUGGCUUAACGACACCAGUUUGAACUCUGACCCCUGCCAGCCCAACUUUAGAGUUACUACUCAGGUGAAAGACUACAACUCCCUACCGGGCCGCUUCAAGGACUUCCUGGUUUACAUGCACUGCCGCUCCUACCCGAUCAUGGUGGACCAGCCUGACAUCUGUAAGAAGCCGCCGUUCCUGCUCCUGGCUGUCAAGUCCCUGGCACCGCACUUCGACCGCCGCCAGGCCAUCCGCCAGUCCUGGGGACGGGCGGGUGUUAUGGCCAAUCAGACGGUGGUUACCGUCUUCCUUCUCGGCAACGCCACAGCAGGGGACCACCACCCGGAUCUGUCCGAGAUGCUGCACUAUGAGAGCGCCCACCAUAAAGACAUCAUCCAGUGGGGUUACAGGGAUUCGUUCUUCAAUUUGACCGUCAAAGAAGUUCUGUUCCUGGAGUGGAUCCAGACCCGUUGCUCCAGUGCUCGCUUCAUCUUCAAAGGCGAUGACGACGUCUUUGUCAACACCUACCGCAUCCUGGACUUCCUCAAGGGCCUCUCGGAGCCCAAAGCCAGGGAUUUGUUUGUGGGUGACGUGAUCACCAACGCGGGGCCACACCGAGACAAGAAGGUCAAAUACUUCAUCCCGGAGAGCAUGUACGUUGGGACGUACCCUGCAUAUGCAGGAGGAGGUGGAUACCUUUACUCUGGGGACAUUGCUGCUCGUCUGCACAAUGCGUCCCAGCAUGUAGCGCUCUACCCCAUCGAUGACGUCUACACGGGGAUGUGUCUUAGGAAGUUAGGGCUGGCCCCCGAGAAGCACAAAGGCUUCAGGACCUUUAACAUAGAGGAGAAGUACAGGUCGAACCCCUGCGCCUACAAGAGCUUAAUGCUCGUUCACCCGAGGACCCCGCAGGAGAUGAUCCAGAUCUGGGCCUGGCUCAGUACUCCUAACCUCACCUGUCAGUGACGCCUCCGCAGCAGGCGGUUUGAGACUGAAACGACCCUGGAGAUAAGACAUUGUGCAUUCUUUUUCCCUAAGGGUCAAAGUGACAAAUAUUUUAUUUUUAACAGGGUCAUGACUUGAGAGUUGGCAGCUUUAAGUUAAGAUAUUAUUAUAUUGGUCACUUGGAGCAAGUUGAUGCGUUGUUCCUCUAAAAAUGAGGAGGGAUGCGUUGUUGUCAACAUGGCCACCAUAGUAUUUUGACUUGACGUCAAACUUCCGUAGACGAGCUAACCCUGCUUUACUGUCGAACGAGCUUCACCCAAAGUGGCCGUGUCUUUCUCUGCGUGCACAUAUUUAUAUCACAACUAUUUAUAUAUGGCCUUUAUAAUGCUUUAACACUGUGUGUCAGCUCCCUGAUGGAGCGUCUCAAUGCUGUAUUAUAUAAACUAAGAAACUGGGAUGCGUUCACCUGGGACUCUCUGUGGUGUUUGGUCAAGGGAAAGACACUGGGUCUGGUUAUCGACAGUGAUGGAAAAAACAUCAUGUUUUUAGCACUCUAAAGUGUCUCAACAUUUCAAACGUAGACAAAGGAGUGAAGCUGUUAGGGCCCGUACACAUGCCUUGUUUUUUGUGGCCUUAAAUCCAUUAUUGUCAACGUAUAUGCGCAGAAGGCGCAGCAAGAACACCAGUGUUCCCAAGCCUAUUUUUCAGGGCAAGUCAGCUGUGCCGAGAUAAACAAAGUUAAACUGAAUGCAGCAAUGUGCACUGCAUGUCGUGACGAGGAACCACCAAUCACAGCCUGCAGAUAUCUUUCCUUUCUUCCAUAAAUAUCAGUCUAUGUUAAAUAUGGAGGAGAAGUUUUUGUGCAAGGCUACCCUGAGCUUUACAUCUGCCCCAUGUCAAUAUUUAAGGCCUAAUACACACUUACAAAAUGUUUGCUAGAAGAUCAGCUCCAAACUCAAGCUCAAACAGGAUUUCCAACACAUUCUCACCUCCAACCCGUCAAAUACCGACGCUCAGUCAGUGGCUCUACACGUCAAACCAUGAUUCUCUGGUAAGCCUCCACCAUCAGUCUUGGACGCUCAGGGACAGCGUGUCGAUUUAAGCUUUGUGUGUUUUCAAAAUAAAUGUAGGUUUUCACAGGAAAUGAACAGUUUCAGCUCUUAAAUGCACAAAUCUCUUUUUAAAAACUUUUUAGGUUUACUUCCUUUGGUUCAGGCAACAAAAGACAGGGUUUGGUUUAGAAAACACCGUCAUAGUUUGACUUGCAGUCUUUCCCCCUUUUUAUACUACAGCAGUCAAAAAAUGCCACCAACUGGUGUGUUUCACACUGCUGCACAAGGGUGCUUCGACGUUUCGGUGUGUGACGCCGAAGGCCACUGACAAAGCGUUGGUAUUUUACCUUUGGGAGUGAGACCAGGCUGAGAUGUCUACAUGGUGCUGGUUAUGGAUGCUUAUCAACGUCAGGCACAACCUGCCUCUGCGCCCUAAGAGUUGGCACAGGAGUAGUGUUUUCCAGGCAGUAAAAGACAAGGCAUGUGUCCCGGCCCAGAGACUUCACUUCUUAGCAGCCAGUGGUUCCCACGCAGCAGUUGUAGCUUUAAAAGAGCUUCCUGGUGAACACUUCCCAGUAACGGUUGCUGGAGGCUUAGUUUGUGCUGCUAUUCCCAUCCACACUCCCUAAAGUAUUUACUUGUGACUCGCUCCAACUCAAACUUAACCAGUUUCUCCUCAUAAAGAACGUUUUCUGUUCUAAAUUCAGCAUUCAGUUUCUUUCAAAUCCAAGCUCUUCGUUUUAUUAAUGAUCAUUUCUCUGUUUCCAUCAUUUGUGCUGUGUCUUUUUUUUUCUUUCUAAACUGGAGUGGGUAAAUCAUGUUACAACAACACUUAAACUCUUCCACAGAGCUUCGAUACGGGGAUGUUCGUUGGAGUGAAUCCACACUUUGCUUUCAGGAAACAGGAAUGUGAGUGGAGCUCUGUGCAGCUCAGCAGGUCUGGGCUUGGUUUUGACAUGGGUGGAGAAAUCAAAAUGCUGUCUAAUUCCGCUUCAGGUUCUCACUUUACACAAAAAGACAAACUGCUCACAUGAAGCCUAAGUGCAUUUUCAGAGAUAUAGUUACUUUGAGCUGCCAGUGUAGAGCCUCUCGCUUUAACUUGCCUCCUGAGUGUCUGCUGCUGCUGUGCUGAGUGUUGUUAGACGUUGCUUUACUGUGGCAUCAGUGAGUUAGAUGCUUUAAAACACAGGUGGGGCUUCACGUCUGAGCUACCUAAGCUUUUAUUACUUGAUAAAUUGUCCCUGCAGUGUUCACUGAUCAUUUUACAUAUCCAUUAAUGGUGGAAAUUACUUCCUGUUGUCUUUAUUUUACCUUCGUUCUGGGACUCGUUUUGUUGGUGAAGGCUCAAAAUCGCAGGUAACUCAUUUUGAAUCGUCAUUUUAUUUGAAGUUACUGCUUCGCUCACUAUUGUAUGGCUUUACUCUUUUACCCGCUAUAUGAGAGAAGUGCUGCACAUAUUUACUUUGCCUCUAUUAUACGAAUGUUUGCUGUAUGUGAGUCACAGUCAGACACACGGUGAGAGUUUCAGAUGGACCUUUACAUGUCUCUUCAGUUCUCUCGCAGACCCCGUUGGAAAAGGUCACAGAAGUGUGUUGGAUGAAUGUAUUUUCACCUAGGUUUAGGGUCGGUCCACUUUAAUUUAUUUUAGCUCAACAAAUGGAUUUUCUUCAGUAUUCAUGCUCUGAAUGUCAGCAGACCUGACAGGAAGUGUCAGUCUGAUCUUGAACCUGGUCCUGAACACUUCGAUCUGAGAGUUCCUACGCCUCUGUUAGAGCUCCUCCUGCUGGACAGGAUGGGAAUCUUCAGCUUGAACACACAACAAUCACUCCAAGACCCAAAACUGUAGUCCAAGACCUAAUCUAUUUGUUCUCUUUUAACCACCUGUUCAUGAUCUCAGUCGUCAGAUGGUCCAAAUUGUCACUUACAGCAAAUUAUUUCUCCGUUUUACUGUUUGUGUCACUGUAAUGUGACUUGUUUUGGUGACUUUUAGCCUUCGUUGGUGUCAGAUAGUCGGGGUUUUCCACAUAAGAAAAACAAAUCAAGAUAAGACAAUCACUGUAAGAUUUUAAGAGGUUGAAUUUGUAUUUUUUUUCUCUUGGAUGACCGACUUACUGGACACUUUUAUCUACCCUCAUGUGCUCAAAGCCAUCUAACGGAUUAAACAAACACUAAAACAGGAGUCAAGAACUGAGUGGAGGUUAUUUCUACCCUCAAAAUAUUUAAGCCGAAGCAUCACCUACUCACAUACCAAUAAUAAUAGGUUACAUUCUGUUCUUGUUGCACGCAGUUUGUGGCUACUUGAAAUGUUUACAUGCUUUAAAAGGUCAUCAUCACUCGUUUUUAGAGUUGUUAUUUUUCUGUUUGAUGAUUGGCUGUAGAGGUAUUCUCUAGUUGUCCACACUGAUGAGCAACUCUGUAUGUUUUACGGUUUCUGUCCUCUCAUCUUGUACGUCGGAAUAUAAGACCUUCAUCUGUCAUUGAGCUUUAUUUUGUAAUUUUGCAUCACAGUUUUCUGUUUCCUGUUUCUUUGACACGCACAACUUCGCUGUGUGUUUGGACAGUCAGUGUUUCUCUGGUCGCAGUAUCCAGGAUGUGUCAUUUUCUGAGCUUCUGUAGAUGUUGGUGUUGUUUUUUUAAGGCAGAUCAGUAGGUUAGUGGGUGUAUACAAAGGUUACAUUACCAUCAAUAUGCAGUGAAAUGCAACUGUGGCUCCCGUUAGAUAAUUGUGAUGCACAGGGUAAUGUGACAGGGAACAAUAUUUCCAGCCACAGGCAAAAUAUCCAGUAGAAUCUAACAAGAGUGUGAUGAAUGCGUGAGUGUUUGGGCAUUUAAUCAAUCAGGAUCUGGAUCAAAUAUCCGUCUUGUGUUCCCCAGAGAGAAAACGUCUGAUAAAUCUUUGCUCUCACAAGCCAUUAACUCAUAUUUACGAGUACCUGUACUGUCAGAAACCUGUCAUUACUGUGUUAAACAACACCUGCACUAGUCAGAGAUGAUUACCAAAUCUGUGCCUGAUGUUUGUAAGUACUGUACGUGUAAGAUUAUCUUUCAACCACGUGAUCGCUUUUUUUUUUAAUAUCUUGAACUUGACUUGAUUAUUUCAAUAAAGUUAUAUUUUGCUGUUUUUGUAUAUACUGUUCUAUGCAUUUUUAUUGUAAUACAAAUAAAUUAUGUGAAGUAAA